CAGUGUGUGCGUAAUGGCUGCUUGAGUGAAAUUUAGAUGCUCCGUCUCUUAUGCUUUUAAUUUGACCAUAACAAGCGGAUAACGUCGAGACAUCGGUGCUAAAAAUGGUUUAUACUCAUCCAGAGACGCAACCAAAGACGAAAUCUAACAUCUUGAAGUGAUUAACCAACGUUUUAGGUUGAGGCCUGUUCAGUGCCCUGCUGGUCAUGGCGAUGAAGGCCCGUGUGGAGGCGGUUCUAAACGUGGGUCUGCGGAUCCCCAGCAUCAUGCUGCUAGAGGUGCUGUACCGCUGGGACGUCAGCUCCUUCUUCCAGAAAAUCCAGAGGAGCAGUCUCAGCAAUAACCCUCUCUUCCAGUACAAAUAUAUUGCCCUGUACUUGCAUUAUGUCGGCUACAUCCUCAGUCUGGUGUUGUUGACUUUACCCCGGCAGCAUCUGGUGCAGCUCUACCUCUAUGUGCUCACAGCUCUUCUGCUCUUCGCUGGACACCAGCUCUCCAGGGAUUAUGUACGUGGAGAGCUGGACUCUGGUUAUGAGGGACCACUUUACCUGGAGCCUCUGUCCAUGAACCGCUUUACCACAGCACUCAUUGGUCAGGUCGUGGUGUGUACGCUGUGUUCCUGCGUCAUGCAGACCAAACAGAUCUGGCUGUUUUCUGCACACCUGCUCCCCCUAGUGGCUAGACUGUGCCUCGUGCCCCUGGAGACCAUCGUCUUCAUCAACCGCUUCGCUAUGAUCUUCACCGGUCUGGAGGUGCUCUACUUCAUCGCCUCCAACCUGCUGGUGCCAUACAAUCUGGCCAAAACUGCCUACAGAGAGCUGGUGCAGGUGGUGGAGGUGUACGGUUUGCUGGCUCUGGGCAUGUCUCUGUGGAAUCAGCUGGUUCUGCCUGUUCUCUUCAUGUGCUUCUGGCUGGUGCUGUUUGCACUGCAGAUCUACACCUACUUCAGCACACGGGACCGGCCGCCCUCCAGAGAGAGGCUGCUCUUCCUGUUCCUCACCAGUAUCGCUGAGUGCUGUAGUACUCCUUACUCUCUGCUGGGGCUGGUCUUCACUGUGUCUUUCGUGGCGCUGGGCGUCCUCACGCUCUGCAAGUUCUAUCUACAGGGGUAUAGAGCUUUCAUGAAUGACAACGCCGUGCACAGGGGAAUGACUGAGGGCAUCACUCUGCUGAUCUUGGCUGUUCAGACUGGGCUCAUUGAGCUGCAGGUCAUUCACAGAGCAUUCCUCCUCAGCAUCAUCCUCUUUGUCGUGGUGGCUUCCAUCCUGCAGUCCAUGCUGGAGAUCGCUGACCCUAUAGUUCUGGCACUAGGGGCCUCCAGAGACAAGAGUCUGUGGAAGCACUUCCGAGCAGUAAGUCUUUGUCUUUUCCUGCUGGUCUUCCCUGCUUACAUGGCUUACAUGAUCUGCCAGUUCUUCCGUAUGGACUUCUGGCUGCUCAUAAUCAUCUCCUCCAGCAUCCUCACAUCACUGCAGGUUCUUGGUACACUUCUGAUCUAUAUCCUCUUCAUGGUGGAAGAGAUUCGUAAGGCUCCUGUUGAGAACAUGGAUGAAGUCAUCUACUGUGUCAAUGGAACCUACCGGCUCCUGGAGUUCCUGGUGGCCGUCUGCGUGGUGGCCUACGGUGUCUCAGAGACCCUGUUUGGAGAAUGGACUGUAAUGGGCUCCACCAUCAUCCUGGUUCACUCUUAUUAUAACGUGUGGCUAAGGGCCCAGCUGGGCUGGCAGAGCUUCCUGUUGCGCAGAGAUGCAGUUCACAAGAUCCAAAACAUGCCCACUGCUUCUGCAUUACAGCUCCAGCAACAUAAUGACAUCUGUUCUAUAUGCUUUCAGGAUAUGAAGUCUGCUGUCAUCACGCCAUGCGGCCACUUUUUCCACGCUGGCUGCUUGAAGAAGUGGCUGUACGUGCAAGAAACGUGUCCUCUGUGCCACGGCCAGCUCAAAAGCCAAUUACAGCCAACGAGCUCUUCAGGAGCUGCCAAUCAGAACCCAGCAGAGGUGGGACAGGAGGAGGGUGAGCCACAGGUUGAGCUGGACCCUGAGGAAGACACCCAAGCAAAAAACACUCCUCCCAUGCAAACCCCAGCCGAGCGAGAGCUUGGAACGGACUUGCCAUCGGGGAGCUCGAAAAUCCAGCCCAAAGAAUGUGAUCCAGCGGCAGAGAGCAGCACCAGCCCAGAAGCUGAUCUGAAUGAUGAUGGUUCCUGCAGCACGUCAGAUGUCCAUUCCUCUUCAUGAGCAAAUGAUAACCCUCAACUCUUAUCAGCCUGUUAAGUGUCACCACAAACACUUCAUAUUGCUGAGGUUGAGGACUGCAUUAGGAGAUGAUAGGGAUGGUUUACCAUAAAAUAGAAGUUCUGUCAUCAUUUACUCACUCUAUUUUUGUGGAACACAAAAGAAGAUAUUUAGAAAGUUGUUCCAGCUGCUCUUUUCCAUAUAAUUAAAUGGAGUAAAAGGCUGUUUAAAUGGCAGCUUAUCCCAUCACAGAAUUAAAAAUACUGGCUACUAAUUAUGACAAUAUGGACUGCCUCACAAUUCUAAUAGGAAAAAAGUCAAAAUUGCAAAAUAUUAACUCAAUAUUUUUUCACCAUGGAAUAAAAAGUUUGUUUAAUAUUUCAUUUACAAGUAAUUUUUUUUUUCCUCUGUGAAUUCUAAGUUUACAUCUGAUAAUAGUUUUUUUUUGUUCCUGUAAUUUUUUCCUUUUUAUCACAAUUAUGUAUUUAAAUCUCAGAGUUUAAUUUUGAGUAUAUAUUUCGCAAUUACAAGUUAACAUUCUGCAGUAAUGACUUUUUUUCUCUAAUUUUUAAGUUUACAUCUUGCAGUUUUUUUCAUUCACAGAUAAUAAAGGUAAUUGUAACUUUUUAUCUCGCAAUUUGGAGUUUAUAUUUUGCAAUUGCAAGUUAACUUUCCACGGUUAUUACUUUUUUUUAAUUUUAAAGUUUACAUUUCACAUUUCUUUUUUUCGCCACGGAAUAAAAAAUUUACUUACAACCUUUUUCUUAACAGUUGUGUAUAUAUUUACAAAUAUUUUGUCCCAGAAUUGCAAGUUUAUUUCACAGUCAAAGAAGUCAGCCAGCAAAGAAUUCAGAAUGAUGAGAAAGUUGCAAGUGUGAUUUAUAUAUAUAUAUAUAUAUACAGUGAAAAUGUCUCCAUACAAUUCAAAAGAUCCUAAAGCUUUUUUUUUUUUUUAUAGUCUGCUGACCUUCUUUUGUGUUCCACAACAGAAAAUUGUACGAAUUUGAAAUAGCUUGAGUAAAGGAUGACUUCUGGAAUGAACUGUCCCUUCAUGCUGCACACGAGUCUCUCAGCUCACUGAUGCAUUUCAUACGAUCUGUUCACAUUAUUGCUGGUCAAAAGACAUUUCCCAAAACUGCCAUACAGAGACGAAUCAUAGUAACUACAAAUAAUGUUUGUGUUAACAUUGAGUAACUAGUGUAGCUAGUGUAACAACUCAAGCUUUUUCUCAGAUCGAGUGCUUGUGUAGGUACAGCGUUUCACCUUCGUGGGGCAUAGUAGCUUUUUAGUAAGCAUCCAUUUGACUGAAAAUGUACAUCAUCUCUGUGGAGGUAAUGGAUGAUUCUUGAUUCUUAUGCUAUAUUCUUUUGUAGAAGUGUGUGUGUGUGUGUGUGUAUAAAUGUGUUUUGAAAGCGCAUCCCAAAUGAGCCACUGUAAAAUCCAGACCCUGGCGAAGUCAAACUGAGGAAUGUUAUUUAAAGUGCCAUUGAGCCAGUCGAUCUGUUUUAUCACAGCGCGCCUCUUGUUAUUUACCCCAGUUUUAAAGGGAUAUCCAAGGCUGGGCGGCUUUUUUCAUCUUUAUAUUUGUCACUCUUUACCAUGUGUCAGAAUUAAUGUUAAACCAUCACUGCAGAAAAGCUUAAGCUGUCAGUUUGGCAGUUGGCUUGAUUCCUGGAAGCGAGCAUUUCCGAAGCGUAUUGCAGACUACAUAAACUAAACCUGUUUUCUGGUUUUAAAGAACGUUAGUGGGAAGACAAUACAUUUCUUUUUGAUUCAUUUACAUUUGAUGUUCUAUUAUGGCCAUCUUGCAUUUUCCCUCUUUGUAAAACUGGCCAGUUUCUGAUGUUUAGUGUUAAAUCUCAAAAUCAAGCCACGGGGUUUUUUUUUUUUUUUUGAAUUCUUGAAAGGUUAGAGUUUCUCCUUAAUAUUGGCUGUUGACUAAUCAGUUUAUAUCAUCAACAGCACUUCAUUUAGUCUUUGCAGAAUUAUUUUGCCAUUAUUUUCUGUCAGGAGAACGUUCCUGUGUGUGCCGGAGAUGUCAUGCCAUACUAUGUUUGCACUAAUGUCAUUUAUAGCGAAUGAUAUUUUGUCUUGUUGAGAGCAGAUGAAGUAUAGCUCAUUAUAAAUGUGUACAUAUACGGGCAAAUAUAUUCCUCUGUAUAUUCUUUAUGGUGUUUUUGAUAUGCCACACAGUGUUAAAGCAGCAGUGAACAUUAUGAAGUGUCUUGAGGAACGUGUGAACACUCUCAGAAGUGGGAUUGAUCCUGAAGACACAGAUUUGUUUUGUUUUUGCUGUUUUUUAAAGAAAGAUGCAUUUCAGAAUGGCAAAUUUGUGUGCAUGAAUACUUCUGAUGUACGAGCAAACACAAAUGACGUUCGAAGCAUUCUGUAUCAAGUAGUUUUUGCACUAUUUUCUUCAAGGAAAAUAAAUGGAAAUGUAGAUAGAACAAA